ACCGGAACCCUCCUACAAAAUCUCAAAAAGAGAGACGUCUUACCGACAAGACCCUGGAUCAGUCAUGCGGGAGAUGCGGGCCGUGCUGAAGGAUGAAACCGCCCUCCUUUCGAUGGCGGUUGAAAUAUUAGACAUGGAGGAAAGGGCGAAAAUCCAUCUCACAUUUCAGUAUAAGAUCGACUACCUCGUGGCGCUGAUGAACGCCACCUUGCUCAUCGACCCGGACAAGGAUAAGAACAGCACGGCGAAGUACGAGCUCAUUUUCAGGUGUGCCGCGGCCAUUAGCCUCAUCUCGCGGUCCCAGUGCGAGGGGGAAGACGCAGAACAGAUAGAAGCAAUGUCGGCUAUCAUGUUCCAACUGUAUGAACUCUUAAGUAUGCAGCUCUUGAAGACUGGAGAUGGACCUAUGACAAUACGACACCCGACAGCGACUAUAUACUUAAUCAGGCUGGAACCUGAAAAGUUGAACAACUUUGUCAUUGGUGCCCCGGGGAAUGACACGUACUGUCAGCUGCCUUCUCUGGCUGCGAUGGCCCCUUUCCUGGGUGAUCUGUCCAACGUCAAUGUUCAGAUGUACAGUUUUGAUUUGAACCUAUUGCGGGGAGAUUCGAAUGAGACCAUCACUGAUAAGAUUUGCAGUCUGUCCUUGAAGGAUGAAAACAAACAGGACAUCAAACUUAAGAACAUGAGUGAAACAGUUCAGAUAUUUAUGCCACGCCAGGAUGACCUUGUGAUAUACUUCAAUAACCUGACAAUCAAGAAAAACACCGUGGUCACGAGCACCUUCAACGUCACGGAACCCCUCUCUUCCGUCAUUUUCAAGAUGGAGCCCAGCAAAAACGUGACGUUUGAGAUCCUUCUGGCAUACGAUCGCACGCCCAACGCCACCGAUAACGAUCACAGCCUCAUCCUGAGCGAGACAACGGGGUACCGCUGGCUGAUCUCCCCGGAGAUACUCGGCGGGAGGGUGGGAAACUGGACCUCCCGACUCGUCCUCGUCAACUACACCGACGGGGAGGAGAGCAUGGAGCUGAGGUUCAUGUCCUUCGAGACCAAGUGCAUGUUCUGGAACAAAGCUAACCAGACGUGGAGCACCAACGGCUGUUCGGUGGGCCUGCAGUCUGAGCCUGCGCGCACGCAGUGCCUGUGUAAUCACAUGACCUUCUUCGGGAGCUCCGCGUUCGUCAUGCCCAACCAGGUGGACCUGUCCCAAACGGCCGCGCUCUUCGCCAAGGUGUCGGAGAACUACGUGGUGGUGGUCAUGCUGUCGGCCUUCUUCGGCCUGUAUCUGAUCCUGCUCGUCUGGGCCAUCUACGCAGACAAACGGGCCUUCAUCAAGAAAAAGAUGACCCUGCUGGCUGAUAACCAUCCCUGUGCUCAGUACUACUACCUGCUGAACGUGCAGACCGGGCAUCGGAGAGGAGCGGGCACCACUGCCCAGGUGGAGCUGGCCCUGGUGGGCGUGGAGGGGCAGAGCACGCGCCGGCACUUCACCGACCCCCAGAAGCCUGUGUUCGAGCGGGGCGGCGUGGACAUGUUCCUGCUGGCCACGCCCUUCCCCCUCGGGGACCUGGAGAGCAUCCGCGUGCGGCACGACAAUUCGGGGAAGAGCCCCGACUGGUACCUGAACAAGGUGACGGUGCAGGAUAUGCAGCUGCGGAAAUACUGGCACUUCCUGUGCUCGUCCUGGCUCAGCUCCAGCAAGGGCGACGGCAUCACCAAGAGGACCUUCCCCUCGGCCAAGAGCGACGAGAUCACCAGCUUCAGGAACCUGUUCCAGAGCCGGACGUCCUCAGGCUUCAGGGACGAGCACAUCUGGGUGUCGGUGGUGGACCCCCCGCGGCGCAGUCCCUUCACGCGGGCGCAGAGGGUGUCCUGCUGCAUGUGCCUGCUCCUCUGCACCAUGGCCAUCAACAUCAUGUUCUGGAACAAGCCGCAGAACCAGCAGUCGCCCGUCAUCUUCAACAUCGGCUCGCUGGAGGUCACCUGGGAGGACAUCGUGAUCGGCGUGGAGAGCGGCCUGCUCAUGUUCCCCAUCAACAUCCUCAUCAUCAGCAUCUUCCGCAGCAUCAAGCCCCGCCUCCCUCAGGCGGAGUCUGGCGAUGCCGCCCAAACCCGACACCGCGUCCCGACCAUAGACACCUUCCUCAAGGAAACCGGGGAGCUGGUGAUCAUUCUCAGCAGGAACACCAAGAACAAGGUCUCGCCUCCGGAGAAAGAAGUGGAGACGUUCAGCGACCUCUACGCGGCCCUGAGCGCGGUCCAGGAGGUCCUCCAACACAUGCCAGGUGCAGGGCAAGCGGAGGGUGAUGAUGAUGAUGAUGAUGAAGACGCACACUGGGGCCACUGCGGCCACUUCGUCCUGCACUACCUGUGCCACCUGCAGAACGUGCUGGGGCAGAUUGGGGACGGGGCCUUCUCCAGCCGAGAGGACUUCCAGUGGGUGCAGAACACCCUGUCGCUGCUGCAGAGGAAGGCGGAGACCAUGUACAGCACUCACGCGCCGCGCGGCCUGAACACGGCGCCGAAGGAGGAGAAGAAAGCGGGGUGCUGGCUGCCCUGGUGGUUCGUGUUCGUGGGCUGGUUCCUGCUGCUCUCCAUCAGCGGCAUCUCCACCUUCUUCACCCUGCUGUACGGCUUCUGGUACGGGAAGGAGUCCUCCACGCAGUGGGCCAUGUCCCUGGCCCUGUCACUCUUCCAGAGCAUCUUCAUCCUGCAGCCGCUCAAGGUGAUUGGCGUGGCCAUCUUCUUUGCCCUCAUCCUGAAGACGGUGACGGUGGAUGAAAGCGAGGAGGUGGACUUCCUGCUGAAAGAGCAACAGGAAAGAUGUGAAUCGUUUUCCCAGAUGUCACGACUCUGAGAGACUUUAUGGAAGAACGACAAUGAAGACCCACGUAUAGCCUCAAGAAGACUUUAUAAGAAUUAAUGAGAAUUUAUGGAAUUCAUGUUCCCCAAUCAUUUUAUGAUUUAUAAUGCUUUAAACAGUGGAGAAUUGAACUACCAUGUGUGAACCCAUGAUUUGCUAACUCCAGGAUCGUAGAUGGUCAAUACUAGAAUAUCUCAUGGUAUUCUGCAGAUUAAGAAAUACAUUAAACAACAAUGUUAUAAGUACUCUUAUGAUAGAUGAUGUAAAAUAUAUUAAUGUCUUUUUAUUAUUAUUGUAGAAAUUUUUCACUCUGAUAUUCAGAUCAUGAGCUUUUUGAAUAGUGUAUAUAAGGCGAUGCGUGUAAAUGCUGAUAUGGAGCAUAAUGUACUUUUGAUGUCCGCUUAUUUUCUUGUCACGAGUGCAAGAGCUUUAAGUCCUCCUGCUGUACCAGCUUCUCCGUAUCUCUGGGUAUUCAAUCUUAACAACCUGACAUUUAAGAAACGCGCAAUAUUAAAGUGCCUGUUGCAUUUCAGUGGCGAGAUAAAGCUAAAGAAUACAAAGCUACUCGACUGGAUUUGGUGUUUUGUGCUGGUGUGGUGGUUCGUUGUUGCGUUUGAAGAUCGGAGAAAACCUGCUUUGGCAGGACUACUUCCCCCCCGCAGUCAGUGUGUCAUGACAUUCUCUGCGCUUUUUAAAAAUUAAUAACGAAAACAGUCCGCAGGCAGCAAAAGCCUCACCAUUCCCUGGGGAUGCUCAGAAGCCCACAUUAACUAAAUGUUUGCAGGGAACUUUUCUGCCCUCAGAAGAACCACAGAGUUUGUCUACUUUUUUUUUCUUUUUUACUCAUAGUUGGCAAAGGCAUUUGCAUGUAUUAAACAAAGUGUGUUGUUUUUUUUCCAAAUGUGUCCCAGGCUCAGCCCUAAUGCAUAUUCCAUUGUGGAUGUGUUCACAGAGAGAGCACAAAAUAAGGGAGUGGGUUAAUGUGACUAACGAAACAAGACCAAAGGAAUGUGCAACUCACUGCUAGCCUACGACUUCUUAAAGAAAGCGACUGCAAGCCGCGAUAAAUUGUUACACUACGUUUAUUCAGCGGACGCUUUUAUCCAAAGUGCAAACCGAAGGUGAUGACAGGUCGGAGGAGAUACAAUUCGCAUAAACUAUCAGUUAUCUACAGCCAUGAACGUCAGUUCUCAUGGUUAAAUACAGCCAAUGUCAGUAGGUAUGCUGUAUCAAACUAGAAGCACGGCAUGACACAAUAUAUCUGGUAAACAAUUACAGCACCAAGAUGGACACAAAUGCAAAUGUGACAGCCCUAGAUGAGAAUACAAAGUACAACAAAA